AUGUCUCUGGUAUGGCAUGGCUGGGCGACAGUGUGCUCCAUAUCGCUCAUUGCGCUCCGUCUCCUCAUCGGCGCCGCUGAGGCUAAAUUCAUCCAGAUCGGCAUGUACUACCUUUCCAACAUGUACCCCAAAUAUUUGGUUGGUUUCCGGGAAGGCAUUUACCGGCAUAUCGCUUAUGGUCUACUCAAGAUCGAAUCACCCAGGUUCCAUAGAUGGCAAGACGUAUUUCUCCUCGAAGGCGGCGUUACAGUUCUGUUGGGCAUCCUGAAUUUCUUCAUUUUCCCCAAAGGUCUUGCCACCGCAUGGUUCCUUCCCCCAGAGGAGCGGCUUCACGCUGUUCGCCGCAUGGAGAUUGAUCUUGCGGAAGCCCAGGAAGAAGCUCAUGUGAGCCAGAACAGUAUCACGAAAUGA